AUCCUUAAUGUAAAUAUCCACACUGCUAGAACGCUAUUAUUAGGUGAAAGACCUUGCUGUUGCGCUGUUCAAUAAACGUAUAGCUUCGUGUGUUGGCGGGGAUGCUCAUAAGUACCGAUUUUGUAACAGUAUCAAGUUCUGUACUUAGCCUGUGGACAUAAACGACAUAACCUAAGUUUUGGAAAUCAUCUCGUUACUGUUUGGGCUCAGAUUGAAGACGACUUCCUAAGCUCCAACGAUGGAUGGCUCGACGGGAGUACCAAUGCAGGGUCAACCGAGCUACGGCCAGCCUCAACCAGGGUACGGCCAGCCUCAACCAGGGUACGGCCAGCCUCAACCUGGGUACGGUCAACCGCAGGCAGGAUACGCUGGCCAACCACCUCAGGCCUACGGGCAACCCCAGCCGGGCUACGGUCAACCGCCUCCACCGGCAGGCUAUCCUGGCGGUCAGCCAGUCAUGGCCCAGCCGGGCGUUCCUGGCGCGUUGCCAGGGCAACCAGCGCCGACGCAGUGGAUGCCCGCACCAGAGAGGAUCCCCGGAUGUCCGCCCGGCCUUGAGUACCUGACACAGAUUGACCAGCUCCUAGUUCACCAGCAGGUCGAGCUGUUUGAAGUUUUCACCAACUGGGAAACAUCUAACCGAUAUCAGGUCAAGAACAGUGUGGGUCAGCAGAUCUACUUCGCUCAUGAAGAGUCGGAUGUUUGCCAGAGACAGUGCUGUGGGCCACAGCGUGGCUUCACAAUGCAUAUCACGGACAACAUGCAGCAGGAAGUCAUCCGGGUCACCCGUGAGUUCAAAUGCUGUGCCGGCUGCUGCUGGUGUGCCAACGUGGAUUGCUGUGGUUACGAGGUUGCUGUGGAGGCGCCCGUGGGACAGGUCGUGGGAUACGUAAGACAGGCUCAGAGUGGUUGGUCACCCCAUUACGACAUCCUCAACGCUAGCCGGGAGCCCGUCUUGAAGAUCCGCGGCCCCUGCUGCAUCUGCCAAGGCGCCUGCUGCACGUGGGACCAAAACUUCAAUGUCAUGAGUCUUGAUUUGGCCAACGAAGUUGGUAAAGUCAGCAAGCAAUGGAGCGGAUUCGUCAAGGAAAUCUACACCAACGCGGACAACUUUGGCGUGUCCUUUCCGGCUGACUUGGACGUCAAGGUUAAGGCCACUCUGCUUGGGGCGGUCUUUUUGAUUGACUUCAUGUUCUUCGAGCAACCAAAGAACAACAACAAUCACUAAGCGUUCCCGCCAGGGACGGCUGGAACGGAGGUCACAGGUCUGCGUCAGGCUGAAAUUUCCGUUACUAUGUAUGUUAUUUUGUGUCCAUUUUGAUCAACUUGUAAUAAUUUCCAGAUAAAAAUAUGUGAAUCAAGUUUUUACUUUUGCCCAUACGGCUCAGGUGGUGGAUAUCUACAUUUCAGAUCGUCAGAAAAUCGUUUGGUUAUGGUUGUCCCGUAUUGAAUAUGAAAACGUACUUACCGGUACAUUAUGUAUUUGAUAGAACUUUUCGUGAAGGGCGACUUCAGAGCUCAUUUCGUUUUGUAUUAAGGUUAACAUUUAUCAGAACCAACCUUUUUUUCUCAGUUUCAGUGUAAAUGUAGUGUAAAAACAGUUUGGUGGGCGUCUAGGGUCUUUCAUAAUUAGUGGGGGGCUUUAUCCAAGGCUGUCACAUGUAUACCAAGAAGCUUCGUAGUGUUGGGGACCAGACCUGUUACAUGUAUCUUAAAACGGAAUGGUUUGUGGCUCGAGGGAUCUGAAUAGUUAUCACAUAAAGCUACAACAUAAUUAUUCGGAAUAUCAGGAUGAUACCUUUAUUAUCCUGACUUUGAUAUCGAGGGAAAUAGUUCCAUUUCCCCUAGUUUGGGACGAUACAAGCUCACAUCGUGUUGUAUGUAUAUCAACCAAUGUACCAUAGUAUCAAGUAUUUUCUGCUAUCUUUACAGUGUAUGGUGGUUUCAUGUUUGCCAAUUCUAAUCCUUUUCAUGUUGUACGUUUUAUGAAUGGACGAUGUUUUACUCCAUAAAAUCAUUUCGUAAUUACCAAAUCGCUACUCUAGACUCUUUGUUUUCAUUUAUAAAAGUACUUUAAAACUGACUAUAGUAUCAAUCCCAGAAAAAAGUACUUAUAAAAGUACUUUAAAACGUACUAUAGUAUCAAUCGUAGAAAAAGUACUGAUAAAAGUACUUUAAAACCUACUGUAGUAUCAAUCCUAGAAAGAACCGACUGUGCCGCGAUUUUCGUUCAAUUUUCAAACGAACAGAUAAUCCAACCUAUCAGACCCUGACAAAACGCCUUGUGUUAUUUGCUUUGUAUACAACGCCAAGUGUUGAUUGAGAGACAGCGCCAUAAUGUAAAAGCCAAGUACUAUUGUACCAUAUAUAAAGAAAAACGUGUUGGAAUUGCCGUAUAUCGUGAUCCAGUCAAGUUGUAUUUUUUACGGGGUAUGCAAAAUACCCCAAAGUAUAGUAUUUCCGAGAACUGAUCGUGAAAGUCUAUCUUUUGAUUGUACUUUUCAUUGCCUUUACGAUUUCAGUUGUAGAAACGUUUGUAAGUUUGAACAUUUUUCCUUCCAUGUUUCAUAUGAGUCUGUGCAACUUUGUCCAGCCAAAGUGAUAUGUUUUUGAGUGAGAGUUACUCCAAAUUCUAAAUUUAAAUCGACGAUGCAUGAUUUUAUUUAGGACUUUGUACAUAGUAAAUGGGUUGUAGAUUGAUCGAUUGACUGCUUUGGUAUAAAUUAAUCUACCAUGACAUGACACUUUGGCUUUUAAUGCUUUUUAUAAGAACUUCGUUUUUCGCAAUCGAUCUGUACAUAACUAUUCUUUGCAGCUCAACUGUGUUCGCGUUUUAAAAUAAGCAAAAUCUGUAGUGGUUAAUCUGAUUCUGCAAUAAAAUAGCACAGUAACCUGAA